AUGGCUGGAGAGGUUGGCAAGUGGGGUAGUUCCUUCAAACGUUCUUGGGCUUUAAUCCCACUGGUCGCCCAUGGAAUCAUCGUGGUCGUAGUGGGUCUGGCUUACUCUUUCAUCUCGUCGCACAUAAAUGAUGAUGCCGUGAGCGCCAUGGACGCGUCGCUGGCGCACGUCGCCGCCGGCGUGCAGCCUCUAAUGGAAGCCAACCGCUCCGCCGCCGUCGUCGCGCACUCUCUGCAGAUCCCCAGCAAUGAAUCAUCUUAUUUCCGAUACGUGGGACCAUACAUGGUCAUGGCGUUGGCCAUGCAGCCGCAGCUGGCCGAGAUAUCAUACACCAGCGUGGACGGCGCCGCGUUGACGUACUACCGCGGCGAGAACGGCCAGCCGAGAGCUCAGGGAGUUCGUCUUGUGGUCAGCGACUGGAGCGGGGCAGCCGAGGUCCGGCGAAUGGGGGUGGCCAUGGUGAGCGUCGUGUGCGCGGUCGUGGCGAUCGCGACGCUGGUGUGCAUCCUUAUGGCACGGGCGCUGUGGCGGGCCGGGGCGCGGGAGGCGGCUCUAGAGGCUGACCUGGUGAGGCAGAAGGAGGCGCUCCAGCAAGCGGAGCGCAAGAGCAUGAACAAGAGCAAUGCCUUCGCCCGCGCCAGCCACGACAUCCGCUCCUCACUCGCUGCCGUCGUUGGACUCAUCGACGUUUCCCGGGUAGAGGCCGAGAGCAACGCCAAUCUCACCUAUAACCUCGACCAGAUGAACAUUGGCACAAACAAGCUCUUGGAUAUACUUAACACGAUACUGGACAUGGGCAAGGUGGAGUCCGGGAAGAUGCAGCUAGAGGAGGUGGAGUUCAGGAUGGCAGACGUCCUUGAGGAAUCCAUGGACCUGGCGAACGUCGUCGGCAUGUCAAGAGGCGUCGAAGUGAUCUGGGACCCUUGUGAUUUCUCCGUGCUCCGGUGCACCGCCACCAUGGGCGACUACAGGCGUAUCAAACAAAUCCUUGACAACCUACUCGGCAACGCCAUCAAGUUCACACACGACGGCCACGUCAUGCUUCGAGCAUGGGCCAACCGUCCCAUCAUGAGGAGCUCCAUAAUCAGCACCCCAUCGAGGUUCACCCCCCGUUGCCGCACGGGUGGGAUCUUUCGGCGGCUGCUUGGAAGGAAGGAGAACCGUUCGGAACAAAAUAGCCGAAUGUCAUUACAAAAUGAUCCCAAUUCGGUCGAGUUCUACUUCGAGGUGGUUGACACUGGUGUGGGCAUACCCCAGGAAAAGAGGGAGUCUGUGUUUGAGAACUACGUUCAAGUGAAGGAAGGGCAUGGUGGCACCGGGCUCGGACUUGGAAUUGUGCAAUCCUUUGUUCGUCUGAUGGGAGGAGAAAUUAGCAUCAAGGACAAGGAGCCAGGAGAAGCGGGGACGUGCUUCGGCUUCAACAUCUUCCUCAAGGUCAGCGAGGCAUCGGAGGUGGAAGAGGACCUCGAGCAAGGGAGGAUGCCGCCGUCGCUGUUCAGGGAGCCCGCCUGCUUCAAGGGCGGGCACUGCGUCCUCCUCGCCCACGGCGACGAGACCCGCCGGAUCCUGUACACGUGGAUGGAGAGCCUCGGGAUGAAGGUCUGGCCCGUCACGCGCCCCGAGUUCCUCGUCCCGACCCUCGAGAAGGCGCGCUCCGCCGCCGGCGCCUCGCCGUUGAGGUCGGCGUCGACGUCGUCGCUGCAUGGCGUCGGCAGCGGCGACUCCAACAUUACGACGGACCGGUGCUUCAGCUCCAAGGAGAUGGUCAGCCACCUGCGGAACAGCAGCGGCAUGGCCGGCAGCCACGGCGGGCACCUCCACCUCUUCGGCCUGCUCGUCAUCGUCGACGUCUCCGGCGGGAGGCUCGACGAGGUCGCCCCCGAGGCGGCCAGCUUGGCGAGGAUCAAGCAGCAGGCGCCGUGCAGGAUCGUCUGCCUGACGGACCUCAAGACCCCCUCCGAGGAUCUGAGGAGGUUCAGUGAGGCGGCGAGCAUCGACCUCAACCUGCGCAAGCCCAUCCACGGCUCCCGGCUGCACAAGCUACUCCAGGUCAUGAGAGACCUCCAUGCCAACCCGUUUACGCAGCAGCAGCCGCAGCAGCUCGGUACAGCCAUGAAAGAACUGCCGGCUGCUGAUGAGACCUCUGCGGCUGAGGCGUCUGAGAUCACGCCCGCGGCGGAGGCGUCUUCUGAAAUCACGCCCGCGGCGGAGGCGUCUGAAAUCACGCCGGCAGCGCCGGCGCCGGCGCCCCAGGGAGCGGCCAAUGCUGGAGAGGGCAAGCCGCUGGAGGGGAUGCGCAUGCUGCUGGUGGACGACACCACGCUGCUGCAGGUAGUCCAGAAGCAGAUACUGACCAAUUACGGGGCAACCGUGGAGGUCGCCACGGAUGGCGCCAUGGCCGUGGCCAUGUUUACAAAGGCUCUUGAGAGCGCAAAUGGCGUCUCAGAGAGCCAUGUGGACACAGUGGCCAUGCCCUACGACGUCAUCUUCAUGGAUUGCCAGAUGCCAGUGAUGAAUGGGUAUGAUGCGACGAGGCGCAUCCGGGAGGAAGAAAGCCGCUACGGCAUCCGCACCCCGAUCAUCGCGCUCACCGCUCAUUCCGCGGAGGAGGGGCUGCAGGAGUCCAUGGAGGCAGGGAUGGAUCUUCACCUGACCAAGCCAAUACCCAAGCCGACAAUCGCACAGAUUGUUCUUGACCUCUGCAGCCAAGUUAAUAACUGAUCGCGGAGAUUCUUCGUUCCCUGUUCCCUGUUCCCCGGUCACAUGAUCAAAUAUCAAGAUAGGUGUAGGUGGUUUUUCAGCCAGCGAAUGCAGUUGUCAUCCUAGUCACUGAAAACCCACCUACAUCUCGAGUUUUGAUCAUGCGACCAGGGGCAUUAUCGUAGUUUGUAGCAUUUAGCAGCAGCAGCUGAACUUUGUUGUUGUAUCAAGAUCAGGUCAGGUUUAUUUCCAGAAUUACUCUUGGACAAUGUAUUGUCAAUUUUGAAUUUCCAGAAACAAUUAUGGUUAA